AUGGAGCUGACAAUGAAGAGCCAGCAACUCCUGCUGUUAGCGGUGGCCUCACAGCUGGUGACCCUCGGGUUUGCGCUCUCCUUAGGUCAGUGUGACCGGCCACUGGGCAUGGAGUCGGGUGAGAUCGCCGACGGUCAGAUCACGGCCAGCUCAUCACACAACGGCAACAGCGUGGGCCCGCACAGCGGCCGCAUUCGGACAGAGCACCGCGGCGGCGCCUGGUGUCCGCUGCCCGUCAUCACGGCAGAGGUGCGCGAGUACCUGCAGGUCGACCUGGGUCGCGUCACGGUCGUCACGGCCGCCGAGACGCAGGGCCGCUUCGGCAACGGCCACGGCGUGGAAUGGGCCGAGCGGUACUCUCUGCAAUACUGGCGGCCCGGUACCGGCUGGAGGACGUACCGCAACGCCUCGGGCCACACGCUGCUGGACGGCAACGUCAACUCGUACCUGGCGCACAAGACGCCGCUCGAUCCGCCGAUGAUGGCAUCCAAGGUGCGACUGGUGCCGCGCAGCGAGCACCCGCGCACCGUCUGCCUCAGGGCCGAGCUGCACGGCUGUCCGUACACAGUUCGACCUGACCUGACCUAUGACGGUGCGGCGUCGGCCGAGGUCAUGGAGGGCGGCCUGGGUCAGCUGACGGACGGGCGCCUGGCGGACAACGACAUCACAAAGCCGGAGUGGGUCGGCUGGCAGAGGCGGCCCGGGGAGCUGGUCACCAUCACGUUCGAGUUUGAUGGCGUCAGAGAGCUGGAGUCUGCUGCGUUCCACGUCAGCAAUCACUUCACCAGCGGGGUGAAGAUGUUCAGUCGGGCCAGCCUGUACUUCUCGGUGGACGGCAGCGCGUACACCAGCUCCGCGUUGACCCUGGAGCCGCCGGCUGACCGCAUCUUCGAGGACGCGCGCCGCCUGGAGGUGCGGCUGUACCGCCAGCUCCAUCGGCGCACAACGUGA